UUGUUUUUAGAAAGGCUGGAAACAAAGUUGCCAAGAGAAAUUACAGGUGAAUAUUUCCGAACGAGUUUGCAACAUCUCCUGCUUGGUAACGAGGUUAUCCAGGAAAGCCAUAUCGCAAUGUGUCAAUAUUUUCUGCUUCCUAAAGGUCGCAGUGUGAAGGCAGAAUCCUCGAAACAGGGAUUUUUAGCUUCACACACUGGCACUAAUUUUUUUUGUGGCGAGCAGCAAUUUGUCGAGUGGUUGCCGGCUACCGGUCAGUGCAGCUUUGCGAAAAUUCUCACUGUGUUCUGAAA